CUUUUAAAAGGGUGCCAAAGCUUCUCCUAAUGAAAAGACAGUGUUUUCUAGUGACUCGGAAAGGAAAGCGUGACUCGCUCUGAAGACUCAGUGAGGGCUCUGUGAUCGGAGUUGUAAAAAUGUCGACGGUGGUAGAUCGGAGUGUAUCGACGCUGAAUCCAAACGCGCCGGCGUUCGAUCCGGUGGGAUUCCGUGAGGUAGAGGAUUUCUCUCCCAAGUGGUGGGAGCUGGUGACAACAUCCAAGUGGUUCCGUGACUUCUGGCUCAGUGCCAACUCGGAGGAGUAUGAGUUCGGCGAGUUCUCAGAUAUGGAGGACGAGUUCGAGGAGCUAGUCAUGACGUCAUCCGGUGAGAAUGAGAUGGAUGGAUCUUCGGUGAGAGAAUCAGAUGUUGGGAGGUACUUGAAGGUGCUUCUGAGCAUGGCGAAGUCUACGAAAGGGAAGCUUUACAGAUCUAAUGUGUCUUGUUCUGCCAAGUAUAACCAGAAGAAGAUGAACCCAAACUUCUACUGUCGCCGGAACCAUCACAUCUAUCAGCCUCGGUGAAAAGGUUGCAGCAGCGUCUGGGAAAGAAAUAAAAGCUCAUCUCUAAAUCUCUUGUGUUUUCAUGAAUGAGAUACUCUCAUCUUUACUUCUUGUUCUGUACUACUUGUUCCUCUGAUUAUGUGAAUAUUCUUCUGUUUUGUGCUUUGCGUUUAUCAAAAUAAUUUCGCAUAGACUUGUUAUAUAAGCAAUAAACCAAGUUUGGAAA